UUCCCUCAGCACCACAGGUUCGAAUCCCGCGUUCCCCGACUGUGCCUUGCUGAGGUAAACUGCGACGGGAGGGCGGGGCUCGGCGCAUGCGCGGGAGGAAAGAGCGGGAGCGGCUGCCGUGAGCGCCCCUCAGCGGCGCGCUGUGAAGGCGGGGGCGUCGAUGCCAUCAAUCAAUAACCGCCCGCCCCAGGCUUGGAUGACAAGCCUGGCAUGGUCAGCAGGCAGUGACUGCUCUGGGAGUCCUGGCAAGUAAGAAGUACAAGACAAAAAGCCUUUUCCUGCUGCAGGUAGCUGCUCUUAGCUCCCGGAAUACAGAAUAACUGUGGUAUGAGUGCUUUCAUCCUGCUUUCUACACGUUGAUUUAUGGACGGGAAGCUGAUUGCCAUUUAAUGUACUACCCAGAGACCAACUUGAAACAAUAGGAUAGCUGCGACUCGGGAAAAUUGGGAGCAAAUGAAGCACAUCAGAGAAGAUUUGGCAAUUCACGUUUUGUGUGUUGUUUUAGCAAGGCUUUCCUGAAUGGAGGGAUGGAUCUAUUAGGCUGCCUUAGCGUUUUGUUUUAGGUUUCGUUAUUUCUAAUAAUGGUGUUUAUUAUUUAUGUAGUAAUCCGACUGUAAUUCCUGAUAAUGGCACAAUGUCAAAGGGCUUCAUCUUCACAGCUGCUCCCUGCUUUAUUGUGGCACUGGAAACAGCUUUGCUCGCUGGAUACCUGUCAUCUCAGUGGGCCCUCAUUCCAUUUUACAGCUGAGUGACCUGGAUAACACCGAUGUUCUGCAGUGUGCAAAAAGCCCAAUCAACCUGUUUUCUUUUUAAAUAUUGAAUGAGAUUAGUUCCAGCUGCAAUUUUGCUGAGAUAGCCUGACUCUUCCAGUUUAGCAGCGACAAUGAUUCAUGCAUCCUCACAGAGAAGGCUCUGACUCAGAAUUUCAGGAUUAGCAGCUGAGGCACUUUGAGAUGUUGCCAUCCCCAGCUGUUUUUUACCACUGUUUUGCCAUCAUUACCCUCCUGUAGCAGAGCAGGCAGAAUUAGCUGCUCCAGUCACGUUCCUAUUUGGCAUCUCUGGCCAAGCCCAUCUCAUCCCUAGGUUAUCUAAUAACUGGGCAGUGAACCCAGACAGCUGAUGUGCAGGCGUCCACGACUGCUGGGGCACAGCAGCUUUCGACCCAGAGGCCAGAUGGGUUCAUCCCAAGUCCUCUGCAGUGGCCUCUUUAUUCCACUGGCUCUAAAUACUGCUUCUCCAAGACACGUUUCAAAGGAACAGAACAGUCUCAGGGCUGGAGGUGCAGCAGGCAGCCUGGGGCAGUUGGUUUGCAGCAGUUCUGAACUGCUUUGCUGAACUCAUUGGAGGAGAGCACACAGAGAGUCCCAGUUCUGUGUCUUACACAAACAGGUCACAGCAAUUAGGCUGUAAAGUCAGCUGGGAAAAUACUCUGUACAGUCUGAGUUACUAAAUAACCAGAUCUGUUAACAGAGAAAGUACAGGAGGGGCGAUGAUGCUGCACUCCAGAUCAGGAGUCUGAAUUUGAGUAGCUUCAGGUUGAGGAAAACAAGAGUUUUAUUUUCCAGAAAUUUGCCUUUUUUUUUUUUUUUAACCUCAUUCCAGCAUGUUUUUCAGUUUCUUUUUAUAAGAGAGAUGGCAGACAGUAGUCAGAAUCCCCAGUUAAUGAUUCUUUAUUUCUGCUUUCCCGAAUGUCUUAGGAUGGAAGAAGAGUUUGUGGCAGCACAGGAAUAAGUGAAGUCAAGGUCAAAGUUGGCAGCUGAUAGAAGCAGAUGUUCGAGCAAGAAAUGGAUGAGACCAGCAACCAAAUAAUGAUGUGAUUUGAAGGUCAGCUUUUCUGCAGACCCACUUGUGCUGGAGGAAAUUCUGCGUGCCACUGCAAAGUGAGGCUGGGAUUCCUCAGUGUUCACCAGCACAGGGAAGAACUUAUUUUCCAACAUCUGGGUGAGAUAUUAAACAACAAAUGUCCGCACUUCCUACCAAAGAAACUUAGGAACUCUGCAUUCUCACUUCAUAACAGCCACUAUGAAGAGGAUUAUAAAUUGAAUGCAGAUGAGGUGCUGAUGUGCCAGGGAGCAGCGGUGGGGAGAGCCAUAGAUUGGCCUAAAGGAGGUGGGGACCCGGUGUGGUGUCCCUGAGCAGCAGUUGGACGUCCCUGAGCUGAGCAUGCCUGAGCCGACGUCGCACAGCACGGAAAAGAAGCGUGAGAAGAGUGCAGAGAAGGUGGGAGCAAAGGGCAGCGCCGCGGUGCCUGCAGUCCCCAAAAGCCUCCCCGUGAAAGCAAAAGUGGAGCCCCACAGCCUGGACCCCGCGGAGGAGCCGCUCAUCUGGGAAGGGCUCACCCUCAACAAGUGCAUCCUGGUGGCCUCCAUCGUCGCCCUGCUCAGCGUCAGCUUCCAGGUGCUCCAAGCUCCACCAUGCCCCAGGGACGGUGUCAGCAGUGGCAAGCAAGAGCCCCCAGCAGCUCCCAUCCAUGAGGUCAUUAUCCCCAAGGAGGAGGUCCCAGAGGUGGUGGCUCCACAGCCCGUCCCGCCUGAGAGCAGCAUACCGGAGGAUGACGAUGGUGACGAUGAUGGUGACGAUGAUGACGAAGCAGACAGCAACCUGGCCGAGCCCUGGAUCUUCAAGAAGUGGUUUGGCCGCUCGGAGCCGGGACAUGAGGAAGAGCCUGGAGAAGAGGAGGAAGAGCCCACAGAGAAACCUCAGGAGCCAACAGCCAAAGUGGAGCUGAGGAAGGUCCAGGAGAAACCACGGGGCCCAGAGAAGAAAGAGGAGAAGACCCGAGGUCCGGAGAAGGAGGAGAGAAAGGAGGAGAAGGAGGAAGAGAAAAAGGAGGAGAAGGAAGAGAAGAAAGAGAAGAAGGAGGAGAAGAAGGAAAAGAAGGAGGAGAAGAAGGAAGAAAAGAGAGAAGAGAAGAAGGAAAAGAAGGAGGAGGAGAAGGAGGAGGAGGAGAAGGAGGAAGAGGAAGAGGAGAAGGAAGAGAAGAAGGAGGAGAGACCGCGUGGCCCGAAGAAGGAGGAGAGGCCCAAGGAGGGCCGCGCAGCCCCAGCAGAGAGGAGCAGCCGUCGGGAGCCGCGUCCCAAGGACAGAAGUCCUGAGGAGAAGCCCCCCAGAGCCCCACGGGCACACAGGGAGCCCGAGCAGCAGCAACACAAGAAGAGACGCCGUGAGGGGAAGGAGAGCCGGCGGGAGAAGGAUGAGCAGCGCAGGGAUGGAAGCAAGGGCAGAGCGGGCAGAGCUGAGCGGCAGGAGAGCGGCCGGAGGAACUGGGGGCUGCCACGGGGCGAGCAGCGGGGCAGGAGGGCCGGGGAGCCAACAGGGAGGGACAGGGCGCGAGAGGGCCGGCGGCGUGACUGAAGGCUGCCAGGGACCGACUGGGCCCGGCCCCACGGAUACACGGCCACCAUCUGUCUGCUGGACCCCCCUGCUGCCACCACGCCUUCAGCCUUUGUCCCCAUAGCCAGAGUGGCUGCAAGCAAAGUGGGGACACUGGGGUCCUGCUGUACCCAUGGGACAUUGGGACCUGCUGUGCCAAUGGAGACAUUGGGGUCCUGCUCUGCUGAUGGGGACAAUGGGAUCUGCUGUGCCCAUGGGGACAAAGGGGCACUGCUGUGCUGAUGGGGACACUGGGGUCCUGCUGUGCUGAUGGGGACACUGGGAUCUGCUGUGCCCAUUGAGACAUUGGGGUCCUGCUCUGAUGAUGGGAUUCAUCUGUGCCCACGAGUGACUGAGUCCUGCUGUUCCCAUGGUGACACUGAGUUCUGCUUUGCCAACGGGGACGUUGGGGUCCUGCCAUGCCUGUGGGGACAUCGGCCACCCAGCCCAGCAUGAGCCUCUGUGGGGACUCUAGGACUCCCCAGGAUGAAGGCAGCCCAUAGGGAGCAUGGAAAUGAGCUCUGCUCCCCCUGGGCUUCAUGCCACCCUCCAUCCCCAGCUGCAGCAGCAGCUCAUUGUCUCCCAUGCUGACACCUAAGGAGCAAGGAUGCACUCCCGGCAAACAGAGGGGUCUGCAGCCCUGGUAGCUCUUUAAUUGAGUGAAUGAUUUUAUUGAAAAAACAAAUCAAAGAGAGAAGUGCGUUCUGGGUGAAGGAAGCCAGGCUGCCCUCGGAGCGUGGACACGUGGCCCCAGUGCAGGAGGCCCAAAGCUUCAGAACCAGAGCUCAGGUCCUGCCCCGCAGAGCUGCUUUUAGGCAGAAAGCACACGAGCAUCAC